CGUCAGUAAUGUCAUGAAAAGUCAAGUGUAUAAAUUGAAAUUGAUGAUUUGAGUUCAUAACCUAAAAGAAAUAGGUAUUUUUUAUUAAAAUGGAACUAAAUGAAAGGAUUUUACAUUAUUUAGCGAAAUGUGAUAAAGUAGACACGUUAAAAUUAGCUACCGAAUUUAAUGAAGAUCAUCAGAAAAUAGUCGGUGCCGUUAAAAGUGUCGAAGCACUUGAAAUGGUUGUAUCAGAACCAGUUAAGACUACGAAGUGGGGUUUAACUGAAGAAGGACAGGUAGUCGCUGAUAAUGGUAGCCAUGAAGCCGUCUUGUACAGAAGUAUUCCCGAUGAUGGCAUAUCUCAGGCAGAAGUUAUGAAGAAAGUUCCAAAUGCGAAAGUUGGUUUUAGCAAAGCUAUGUCCUCUGGUUGGAUAUACAUAGACAAAUCUGGUGGAGCACCACUAGUGAAAAAAAAGGUGGACAGCAUCACCGACACUGUACAAGAAAACCUGAAUGAAAUCAAGAAAGGAAUAGACAACUUAACUGAUAGUGUGCGCAAUGAUUACAAAAAACGCAAGCUUUUGCAAGAGAUAACUUUAAAGAGCUUUGUGUUAUCAAAGGGCCCACAAUUCGCGACGUCUAUAAAGAAAUUAGAGACUGAUUUAACAUCAGAAAUGCUUGUGACUGGAGCAUGGAAAGACUUGCAAUUCAAACCUUAUAAUUUUGAUGCUUUGGGCCAACCACCAGAAUGUGGUCACCUGCAUCCACUCCUAAAGGUCCGUUCUGAGUUCCGAGAGAUUUUCCUGGAGAUGGGUUUCACAGAGAUGCCGACGAACCAAUACGUGGAAAGUUCCUUCUGGAACUUUGAUGCACUGUUCCAACCGCAGCAGCAUCCAGCUAGAGAUGCUCAUGAUACCUUCUUCAUUUCCUCUCCAGCUAAAAGCACCGAGUUCCCUAUGGAUUAUUUGGAGAGAGUCAAGAAGGUGCACAGCAAAGGGGGUUAUGGAUCACAAGGUUACAGAUACGAGUGGAAGAUAGAAGAAGCUCAGAAGAACCUGUUGCGGACGCACACCACGGCGGUCAGCGCUCGCAUGCUCUACAAGUUGGCGCAGCAGAAGGAAUUCACGUCGCAGAAGUACUUUAGCAUUGAUAAGGUAUUCCGCAACGAGACCCUAGACCCUACCCAUUUAGCCGAAUUCCACCAAGUGGAAGGUGUGGUAGCUGGCCGUGGGUUGGGGCUGGCUGACCUCAUCAGCGAGCUGGAUACCUUUUUCCGGAGACUCGGCUUCGACCAGCUGCAGUUCAAACCGGCGUACAACCCGUAUACGGAACCAAGUAUGGAGAUAUUCGCGUAUCAUACGGGUCUCGGAAAGUGGAUAGAGAUAGGAAACUCUGGCGUGUUCCGACCAGAGAUGCUUCUGCCCAUGGGUCUGCCUGAAGACGUCAAUGUCAUUGCUUGGGGUCUGUCCCUCGAAAGGCCCACUAUGAUCAAGUAUGGACUCAAUAACAUUAGGGACCUCGUCGGCCCUAAGGUAGACCUCCAAAUGGUCCAGAAUAACCCUAUAUGUAGGCUCGAUAAGUGAAUAAAUGAUGAUAUUUAUUGA